AUGCUGAUCAACCUAUGCCUGCGUCUGACAACUCGCGCAGGAAGCCCUUCCUUUCAAGUUUCCCGCCUCAUCAGCAGAAGCAUCCGUCAUGCAGCCGCAGAAGUCGGUAGCAAUGGAGCUGCUCCUGCCGUGGCCAUCAUCGGAUCCGGCCCAGCGGGCUUCUACACUGCGCAGAAGGUGAUGCGCAAGAUCGCGGGGGCACGCAUCGACAUGUAUGAGCAGCUUCCCGUGCCAUUUGGCCUCGUCAGGUUCGGUGUAGCUCCAGAUCACCCCGAGGUAAAGAACGUCCAAGACACUUUCCAAGACGUCGCCGAAUCCCCUAACUUUACCUUUAUCGGAAAUGUCAACCUGGGCCAUGAUCUCCCCCUUCCAUUGCUAGGCAAGCAUUACGAUGCGAUAGUCUUUGCAUACGGCGCGUCAAAGGACCGGAAGAUCGGCUUAGACGGUGAAGACAAACCUCACAUCUACUCCGCCCGCGCAUUCGUGGGAUGGUACAACGGUCUUCCCGAGUAUCGCAAUCUAAACCCUGAUCUGCAGGCUGGAGAGACUGCGGUCGUCGUUGGCCAGGGAAAUGUGGCAUUGGAUGUUGCAAGGACGUUGCUGAGCAAGGUUGACAUUCUACGCAAGACGGACAUCACGGAAUAUGCGCUGGAAGCUCUGGCUGCAAGCAAAAUAAGACACGUUCACGUGGUGGGACGCCGCGGUCCCAUGCAGGCAGCAUUUACCAUUAAAGAAGUGCGCGAACUCCUCCACCUGGAAGACGUCAAUUUCACGCCAAUCCCAGAGGCUCUGUUUCCGCCUGACUUGUCAAAGCUCCCACGCCCAAAGCGGCGGCUGAUGGAACUUUUGAAGAAGGGAAGCCCUGGCAAGGAGGACGCCGCCAAGUCCUGGUCUCUUGACUUUCUGUUGGCGCCCCAAGCUUUGCAAUGGUCUCCUGCGGAUCCAAGCAAGCUCGAAGGCGUGAUCUUUGCAAGAACGACCCUCGAAAACGUGGCGGAUCCGGAGUCCAAGGUCUCCAGCACAGACGAGACUCAGCUCAUCCCUACAUCGACCCUAUUCCGAUCGAUAGGCUACAAAGCAGAAGCGAUACCGGGCAUGGCCGACCUGGGCACAGACUUUGACGAACGAACAGGCACCAUCCGGCAUGACGGAUACGGCAGGAUCGUCCCCUUGCAAGAGACUGACACCCACGGUCUCAAAGCCAGUCUCUACUGUUCCGGCUGGGUGAAGCGCGGUCCUACAGGCGUCAUCGCAAGCACCAUGACCGACGCAUUCCAGACGGCCGCCGCAAUUGUCGAGGACUGGAGAAAGAAGACCGCCCAGAGCGAGCCCAAUUCAGCGUCAUCACUGUCACAGACCGGAUGGAAAGGCGUCCAAGCCGACGCAGAGAUCCUCAAGCUCCCUCUCAACCCUGUACACUGGGACGAUUGGGAGAAUAUCGACCAGGUGGAGAAGAAGAUUGGCACAGAAAGGGGCAAGCCCAGGGAAAAGUUCGGGAGUGUAAAGGAGAUGCUGGAAGCGAGCAGGGAAUGA